AUUUAAUAAUUUCCGGUGUGUAUUGUUCAGCGUGUUAUCAAAAUACGAACGACGUGAACUUGGGUACACGAGAUUCAAAAUGGAGAAAUACAUGUCCACGCGCUAGUAUUCAAAUCGGCGCCAUUGGGACCAAAAUUUUCAAGUUCCAUAGUUUCACAACACCAUGUCAGCAGAGGAAAUGGAGGAAGCCAUUAAACUCCUUGGGGACAUGGAGUCACAAACAGAAGAUGUCACCAAACUUAUAGAUCAUCUUCUAAAGAAAGCGCUAAAUGAAGAAUACAGUACAUCAAGCGGGAUAAGUUUUCUGGAGGUGAAGUACCAGCUGCUGUUGACCUACUUGAUGAAUUUGACCUACAUAACACUGCAGAAAUCCAGUGGAGAAAGCAUAGAGGGAGAUCCAUCUAUCGAUAGACUUGUUGAAAUCAGAACAGUUCUUGAAAAAAUGAGACCAAUAGACAAAAAAUUGAAAUAUCAAGUUGACAAAGUAGUUAGAACAGCAGCCACAGGGGGUAUAGAUUCCUCGGAUCCUCUUAGAUACAGAGCUAACCCCGAAAACUUGAUAAGCAAGCUUGAUGAUGAGUCAGAAUCAGAAUCAGAGGGAGAAGAAAAGAAACCCAAGAUUUACCAGCCUCCUAAACUCACAGCUAUGCACUAUGAGGGUGAUGAGUCUGUACAAGAUAAGGAACAGCAAGUCCUGGAGCGGGCUAAAAAGCGGGCACUCAGUACGAGCAUGCUCCGAGAUCUGAGGGAGGAGUACAGUGAAGGCCCCUCAGAAGUCAGGGAAACCACAAGCACACAGCGAUCUAAGGCGGAGAAGAAACUAAGGGACAGAACUGAGUAUGAAGAGGAACAUUUCAUGAGAUUCUCGGUGUCUAAGAAAGAUAAGAAUGAGAUGAAGAGGGUAGCAGGUUUUUCCUCACUGAAUAACCUGACUCAUUUUGAUGACAUCAGCGCUUUGACAGAAGGACGAACUUCCCAGAGUGGAUCUUCCAAGAAAAGGAAAGCUGGUGGAAAGGGCAAGAAAGGAAAGAAAGGAUUCAAAAAGAGAAGAAAACACUAAUGUAUGGAUAGCAGAUGAAAAAAAAAAUCAACAUUGAAAUAAACCUUCAUAUAUAUGCA